AUGCAUAAUCAGUGUAUCCCCGACGUCGGUCGACAUUUUCUACCGCACACAAAUUUGUCUCUGUUUCAAACAACUGGACAUCCAUCCGCAUUCCACUCAAUUGCAGCAUUGUUUUGCUUUUUUGGCUCUGCGGUUACAUUACAGCCCUCAGUUAUACUCGAGGUACCUGCUUUUCACAUUAUACGUUUUUACAUACUCGCCAUGAAGCUUUAUCCGUCCAUCACCGAGGAGCUCGCCGAGUGGGUGCAGCGGCAACCCGUCUUCUUCACCGGCUCGGCGCCAACCCUUGGCUCCCACAUCAAUGUCUCGCCCAAGGGUCUGGCCGACUCUCACUUUGCCAUCUUGGGGCCGAACCAGUGUGCCUACAUCGAUCGCACCGGCUCGGGGUGCGAGACGAUUGCGCACUCAUAUGACAAUGGUCGGCUCUGCCUGAUGUUUAUGAGUUUCGGCGCGGCCCCUCGGAUUCUGCGAUUCUUUUGUCGGUCCAGAGUCGUCGAAUGGGACGAGCCGGCCUUUGCCGAUCUCGUCCGCCGCAUCUCCCAAGGGAAGCGGUCAGCAUUCGAUGGCGCCAGGGCCGUGAUUGUGGCGGACGUGUUUGAAGUUCAGACGAGCUGCGGCUUUGGUGUGCCCCGGGUCAAGAGGGCCAUCUACGAUCGCGACUCGACAUCUGAGCAACCUGUAGAGCAGGUGCUUCCAGAGGGUGUCGACGGCAAAGUGGACGAACUGGUCGUGUUUGAAGAGCGGCCCACUAUGGAUGCUUGGCUCAAGAAGAGAGUCGACAGCAAUACGCUUCAAGAGUACCACAACGAGACCAACGUGCUGAGCAUGGACGGUCUGCCAGGACUCAAGGCUGCUCGUCGAGGCGUGGGAGAGAGGUUGUGGUGGACAGACGCGAAGGCGCACGCGAAGAGGGUUCUCGCCCAGGGUGAAGCGAUUGCGGUUGGGUUCAUUGUUGCUGUGUUGUUGUACGUUGUCAUGAAUGUUGUGGGAGCGAAGACUCUUGGUCAGUUUUGA